AUGACUCGUCGGUCGGGAAGCUGGAAACACUUCCUUUCAUUCUCAAUCCUACUUUCUUUCGGUCCAGGUAGUGCCAACGCCCAGAAUGGGACGUGCAUCUCGUCUCCGCAAAGCGCUUGCACGUCGUUGGUGGGCAUCUGCGUGAGCAAGAUUGCGACUGGACAGCUCGCAAAGAACAACUUCUGGAGCGCUCCAGAGUGCUUUGCCGCUGCCACAUGUGCUGGCUCGGCGGCAGUCAUCGACGCGGCCUGUUGCGCGGGCACUUGCGUUACGCUUGCCAGCAUCAACAGUCUCGACUACAACAAGGUUUACGCCCCCAUGGUCGGCUCCUGCGCAUUCGCUCCAAAUGGCUGCCCUGUGACUUGGACUGACUUCGUCAACUACUUCUACAACACCAUCCAGACAACAAACACGAAUAACUGGCCGAUCUCCGGUAAUGACGUCCUCGCGUGGUGGGCGGAUAUCGCGACGUGGACUGGGGUAUGUCCCAUGGCGAGUUCCCAACUAAUGCUCACAUAUGCAUGUGGUCUAGUUUUGCUCAGGCACUCUCUGCGUCAACGGACAAAUUCCGUACCUCAAUUUGAACGACUGGCUGCACUUCUCCACAUAGACCGGGACAACAAUACCGACUUGUGGGACCCUGUCCCCAAUGGCCCGUGCCCGUUCAACAACGCUUCUCUGUGCUUCGACGAUAACACUCCACAGGAGCCACCAGACCCAACUGAAGCUCCGCUCCAGACGAGGCAGGCAGAUCAAACUCCGCGUCGCCUCGCAGCCUUCAAGAUCGUCCCCAAACCUGGUCUAACAGCACUGUCGCUCAACAAGCCCGGCACUCCCCUACCACGAUACUUCCCACCCAACACCCCGCCGCCGGUAUACAUAUCCAAUGGGACGGAGAAAGUUCAGAUCCCGCUCAACCUCACUGGCGGGACUAUCGAGAAGCGCAACUAUUCACUUGUCGAGCGCACUCCCCUCUUCGACGACGUCUUCAUGGACCUGGAGAAACGCCCAGCCGUACGGUCUGACGUGUGUAGGGGCCCGGUUGACACGCCCAGCCGACUACCCGUGCUCACAUAUUACUGCGACUACUUGCCAAACAUCUGUGCGAGUAUUCGCGGCUCCGGGUUUCUUACCAACGAUGCUGUUGUGUUGACCUACGACCCGUUCAGCACGAGCAGUCGACGGAACAGCGUCUCUUGUGACGAGUUCCCCUUCAAAUGCACACUUGAAGGCGGCAAGGCGAAUGGCGCGAUCGUGACUGCUGUCCCUGAGAAAGAGCAGCAGUACCAGGGGACGCUAAACACUGCUCUCUCCAAACUUCGCCGUGUUCCAAACGAUGCCCGCACAGAAUGGUCGAGACCGGGUAAGCUCAAGGGCAAGUGGGCCGGCCAGUGCCACAAGUUUACCCUCAAGCUGGUCGACACCCGUCCCGCCACCGCUGGCCCACUUGCUGUCGGCUCGCUGUACUCCGGCAGUGCCUGGCUUAAUGGCCAAGAUCAAGACCACACUGAAAUUCUCGAAGACGAGCGAGGGAGGCCGCCUCCGCUUCCCCGCGCGCCGUAUGACUAUCCUAGCGACGCUAUUGCGCUCCAGCCAACGAACAGCUACAACUCAUUUGACUGUCGUCCAUGCACAAUUGGCAGUGUCAACCCUGUACCGGCCCCAGCAGCGGUGAACGUUACCCGUACCACGAAGCCGCGUGAGGUCGAGGAAGAUGUGAUUGUUCCGCGUGCCGCAACCUGCACCAAGUCGAAGCCCACGAGCACGCCUACACCAAGCUCGGAUGCUCAAACAAAUGCGGCUGAAGCUGUGGCGGCCGCUGCUGCUGCUAAAGCUGCUUUGAGCGCUUUGAGUGGAACGAGUCCAGCCAUAUCAUCAGCAGCCUCUGCGGCUGUUCAGGCUGCUCAAGACGUUAACACUGCUGCUGCCGCUGCCGCUGCUGCUGCUGUGGCGAAUAACCCUGCAGCAAUGGCAUCGACUAUCGGUGCAACCAUCAUCGCACAGAAUGUCCUUCAGUCAACCAUUGCUUCGCUGACGGACAUCUUCGGCACGGGAACCAUUCCGGCUUCAGUCGCGUCAAUCAUCUCCUCUGUCAGCACCGUCGCAUCCGAUGCCUCCUCGAUCCUCACUGACACCUGGAAUCAAAAACCGGCGCAAUCCAAUCCUGUUCCGCCCGAUGGUGAUCCAUCGAAGAGCCCCACAACCAACUCCGCUGGGGGCUCCAACGUUGCACCGGCCGCAUGUUUCGGACCCGGCAGCUCCGGCUCGCUCACGAUCAACGGCAACUUCUUCUUCCACUCGACUGGGACAGCCACCGAGAAGGCAAGCAUCGCUGAUGCGGGGAACAAGGCGUAUUUCGGACUGAACCUUGCCAACGACGGGCAGUACCACCUCACGUCGCUCUGCUCGGGGGUGUAUGGCUGGGACACCGGCACGAGCCCGAGCUUCCAGGUCGGCUGCUCGUCGAAGGAGUUCGGCUCGUAUUGGAACACGGUCAAGCAGACGUGCUACGCCGUGCCGCAGGGCGACAACACGUUCGGGAUAAGUAUUGGGCUGCAGGCACAGGUCACGGCCGUGUCUUUUACUUGGUCUUGA